AUGUCGCAAGAAAUAAACUUACUGCUGGAACUCGACGAAUGUCAGGAAUGGAUUUUUAGUGUGAUUUCAAAUCACGACAUAAAGCAAAUGGGAAACGAUAGUUUUAAAAAGAUAAAGGCAAAGUUUAGCGAAAAUGUUGAAGAAUCGUGUGAAAAAUGUUCAGAGCGGUUGCAAAUUAAUCUGUUUUUCUUCGACGAGUCUCAAAAUCGUGAUUUUAGUGAGGCUUGUGACGACAUUGACAUAGAAGAGCCACAAGCAUGGGAACCAGAAUGUAUACUGCAACGGCAAGACUCGUACGAAGUUAAUCAAAUAAAGGAGGAACCACCGAUAGACAUGGAAGAAGUAGACUUUAUCGGUUUCGACGAACACGAAGAUGACGAAAUGAACGAGACGAGUCAAAAGUUGGAUGAUGAAACUAUAAGAAAUAUGCUAAUUCCAAAGUCUGACGAUCCAAAAGAUCCGAAACCAUUCAAAUGUCCAAAGUGUAGUAUGGGAUUCGUGGCACAAAAAAAUGUUAGGAGACAUUUGAAAAAUAAUUCUUGCAGAUUCCCUCGUCCAUCAGCUACAGGUCAACAACACCUGACGCCGUUAAUUACCUCCAUGAACCGCACGCUCGAUGAUGAUUUCGAUAUGUUUGGUGAUACAAUGAAUGAAGACUCGCUGCGUACACUCACAAUUCCAAAGUCCGCGGAGGAAGAUGACAAAAAGCCGUACAAGUGUCCUAAAUGUAAACUCGGAUUUGUUGCUCAAAAAAAUGUUCGUCGCCACCUGAAAAAUAAUUCGUGUAAAUCUGACGACAUUCAGCAAGGACUUCGUCCUUACAUGUGCCCCAAUUGCAAAAUGAGAUUUACGACACGAAACAAUACAAAAAAACAUAUCGCUCGUAAUGCUUGUGGCGCUCUGGAUUCUUCCAAUGGCACGGAGCCACUGAUGGUAGACGAGUCUGAUCCUAAGCCUUUCAAAUGUCCCGAAUGCCAAAUCGGAUUUAGUUGUCGAAAGAAUGUUUUGCGACAUUUGAAUGCAAAUGCUUGUCAAAUGCUUAAAGGAAAUGGAAAUAAGCGAGCUAUAGACAAUUGUAAAGCUUACUUACCCAAAGAUCUUAUCUUACCAGAUUUAUCCCAAAUAAAGGCACCCUACAGCGAAGCAUUCGAACAACCAGAUGGAACUUUUGCAUAUGUAUCACUGACUUCGAAGCAAGCUGAAUUGAGGGUUACAAACUUUGAUCCGAAUCAUCUUACCUGUGAACUAUGUCACGAAAUUCUAAAAAAUACAUCCGAUUUGAUUUCACAUCGGAAGCACUUGCACUUUUUUCCAAAAAAUCAAUUAGAAUGUGCAGGUUGUGGCAAAUCGUUUGAGAGUAGCAACGAAAAACGUUGGCAUUCAUUUUACUGUGUCGAAAAAUUUAACAUUAUUGCGGAACAAGAAAUGACAUGA